CCUCAUUCUUCGCUGCGCCGGCCCUCGUCACAGUUGUUUUUUUUCAUAUACUAACGCGGAAAGCACCCCCGCGUUUCUCAAAAAACCUCUGUCACAACAGCUUCCUGUGAACAGCUGGGCUGAGACGCUGUAAACCGCUACGUCAUGAAUGCGGCCCUACUGUAACUGUGGUGGCAUCUGGCGCAGAAGCUGACCUGGUGCCACGAGACGUUGUCAUGGCGAAGAUAACCUAGCAACUCCCGCCACAUUGACGUAAAAACACGUAAACUAAUUGACCUUUCCUUGCUGCGUUUGCGGCCCGGUGUUGCUCUAUUCUUCUGAAUAUUUCAUAUUUUAUUUCUCAUUUCUGCUCAGGUGCGCUCCGCUAAAAGGCCGCUGCUCGUGCCGAGAGCUGAAUUCAGACGCCACUUGAUUGAGAAGAUACCGAGAGAUGAGGGACACUCAGAUUUGUAACGGCUCCUCCCCGGCCGCCCUGGCCCCAAGGCAGAGGGCUGCACCCUGAACUGUACCUGGGGCUGUUCAAGGAAAGGAUCAGUUACAACAUGGGCCCUGCUUCGGUUCACCUCUGCCACAACUGGCAGGAUGCUACAGAGGAGAUGCCUCCAAACUCUGGAGAGAACUAUCUCUGUGAAGCAGGUGUAGUUCAGACUGGCAGCCUCUGUGUCUAUCCAGGAAAGUUUGGCUGAUUUAACCGUCAGGAACACCUCGAGGCUGGACAGGAAGUGUCAACAGAGCCACAGCAGCCCCUGUGCCAGGGACGGCUUCUCGCUGUGUCCAGAGAACUGUCAUGGAUUAUGAGGAAGCCCUCCACCAGCCGCUUUUUAAUGACAGUACCUGCACCAUGUACCAGCUACUGUGCAUGCAGGAUGGAAGGAACACACGCACACACACACAAACACGCACACACGCACACACACACACACACACACACACACACACACACACACACACACACACACACACACACACACACACACCAAUAAUCUAUUACAUUAUAAGAAUAAAAAUUGAUUAGAAAAAGCAGUAGAAGUCUGGAGUAGCAGGAUGCACAGCCACAUCUAAAGUAAAUAAAGGGCAAAUUAGUAGCUGUUUAUUACUAAAGGUUCAUUCAUCACUAAAGGUUACUUCAAAAGGAAAAAUAGCUUUUUAAUCUAUUUUACAGUAAAUUCAAUUUUUCUGUGUUUAGUUGUGAGGAACAAAGCAGUGAAGUAACUUAUAUUGAACAUGCAGUUUGGUCUGAAAUGAAACUUAUUUACCCUCUAAAAAUGAUAAUAGAUCCAAAUAAAGAGAAUUUAACGGUUCAGGAAGCACCUUAGCCUCUAAGGGAGCUGGAAGCUGUCAAAGAAUAAUGGACGGUUGUAGGAAUUAGAUAUGUGCUCAGCAGCGGUGUAAUGCAAGACAUUUAAAAAAUGAUUGUGGCAUUAAGCAGUUUAGCGGCAAUGACUCACCUGUUGCAACGUUCCAUUAACAGAGCGAUCACAGAAAUUAUUACAGUAUAAUGAUGGUUUCAUGUGUUAUUUGUUUGCACAUUUUGCAUAGUGUGGUUGCUGUUAUUAUUGGACCACACACACAUCAAAAUCAUCUAAAGGGAAAUGUUUUAGUCACCAGAAGUGGUCGGGGUGGGGGGGCUAACUCAGCUAAUAUUGUUCAGAUCCACACCCACUGACACGGUCCACAUCAAUCUAAUCCAAAUAGAACUUACUGUAACUGUUUUAAGUCCACAUCACUACCCGUAAAGCUACUCAACACCUACGCAUGUCACAAUUCAGUAUUUGCACAGAAAUUAACUAAUACUGUAGGUUUAGCAUUGGCGAAGAGCAGAGCUGCAAAGUGAUGGGCCGUGGGCUGGAGUGAUGGACUAUUGGACAAAUGCCACCAGCUGUGGUAAAGCAAGGUUUUAAUUUGGAAAAUGCAGUAAAAUAUUAGGCUGGAAACUGAAUGCCGCAUGUUUCAUUUGAGUUCAUUAGAGACUUUAAUUCAGCCACUUGCAGCACUUGUAGCAGGAGACUGAGAAUGUGAGCAAUAUUUCCAACUUGCCUUCCAACCCUAUAAACAGGGCUGUCGGCCCUUCCCUAAAUGGCACCUCUCACUUCCAAAAGACAGUGUGCACUGUUGUAUUUUGAUUAGUUUUUACUACAUUUGCAGGGCGGCUGCCAGGGUGAAGAAAAACCAAUAGAAUCAUGGAGAGAGAACACUUGUCACACAAGGUGAAGGCCACAGUGGUGCCUGUGGUGAUCGGAGCACUAGGGGCUGUGACCCCCCAAACUGGAGGAGUGGCUACGACAGAUCCCUGGAAAAACAUCCAAAAUCUCAGUCCAGAAAAGUGCAGUCCUAGGAACAGCAAGGAUACUGCGCAGAACCCUCAAGCUCCCUGGCCUCUGGUAGAGGACCCGAGCUUGGAAAGUGGAUAAGACCACCCGCGGAGGGUGAGAAUAGAGUGUAUAUAUAUGUUAUAUAUGACUUAUUUUAUGUAAUAUGUAUUUAUGAAUAGUUUUUAGGACAUUCCAUAUAUCAGCAGCAGCUUAUCAGUUAACCUAUGCUGUUAUGAAAUAAGGUCAUGUGUGGUCAGCGCUGACUGCAAUCCAACAAAAUGAGGCCACACCUUUAUCUAAAUCCACAGUAUAAACCAGUAAAACGGGCAUUUUGUAGCCCUGCCCAAGGGCCCCUGAGCACAUGACACCGUUAACAGAACAUCAAAUGUUUGUGUUUUAAUUGGCGUUUAAAAAAGUAUCUAAUGCAAACAUUUGAUGGCCAAGUUAUAUUUGCUUUUACAGCUUCCAGUAUAUGCUAUUUAUUUUAGUUGAAACACAAAACCAAAAUAAACUGGCCAUUUAGCAACUGCCAGUCACAUAAAAUGUUCGUUUAAUUAAGAUUUAAAUGAUGAAGUAAUACACCCAUUAUGCAAGCUUUGCAAGAAACACAUCUGUACAUAGACAAGCAGUGAAUCGAAGGACGCAGUAAAAACAUGUACAAAAAUGAUUUUAGCGCGGCAAAUUCCCAGGUUGUGAGUAAUGAGGGGUCAAUGAGAAACUGAGAGGUGAAAUAAUGUUAAAGGUUAGUCUAAGUAAAGUACAUCAAGUCUUAUUAUCAGUCCAGGUGUGUGAGUGUCUUAGGUAACUUUAAAGAUAGGCUGGGAUUUUGCUCUUAUCACAUUCUUGCCUUGCCCACUCUAAAAUGGAUAAUAUUGUUUGGUUACGCCAGUAUUUGCAAUACAUCUGAAUGUGGGCGAAUUAUCAUUUUGACCUAAAUCUGCACUAUGCUAUACAUUUAAAAGCACUAAAAGCAUUCGCUGAUACCAGUAAAACACAGGGUCAUGUUGAGUAAGCACAACUGAAAGCUAAUUAAAUAAUUAAGUACAGUUAGUGGAAAUGCUUUUGCAUUUAUUAAAUAUUGUACAUUAAAGCAGAAAAUGUUCCUAGAAAAGGCUGAUGCAAAUUAUGCUUCCUUAAAUAAAAAUGUAUUAUUUCCCAUAGCUAUAACCUUUUAUCUUUAUACUAUAAUAAAUGGUUCCUGGUGGUUUUCUAGGGAGCUUCGUGGGAAUAUUAUAAAUGACAGGAUGUCAUUGGGUGUGUUGUAAAGUAAAAUAUUAUUCAUCUCAGACAUGUAGUUGUUGUUGCGCCUUAUAUAGUAUCUAUGUAAACAUACAGCAGGACCUUGGCAGUGAACCAAGUCAAUCCAAGUUCUGCCUUAAUUUGUUUUAGAGGAAGAGUAUUUUUCUUGUGAAGUCCUGUUGGGAUUUAACAAUUUGAUUGGUUCUGUCUGCGGCUUAUCAGACUAUAUAAAGAGAUGGAAAUGAGAAAUGGGAUCAUACCUUCCUCUUAGCAGUCAUGGGUCCUCUGUUACUGCUUUGGGCUGUGGGGGCCUUAUUCUUCUGUCCGUCUAGUGCUGGAUGGGCAGGGAGGGAGUUUGCCAUGUCAUUCAUGCAGAAUUAUGCCGCGAACUACGACAGUCCUCGCUUUCAGCUCUCCAUUGCUGCCGUUCAGGCCAGCGCCAAAGUAACAGUGCAGGUUCCUCCUCUAAAGUUUAGACAAGACCUAACUGUAAAUGCUGGACAAGCCGUGACGGUUUCUCUACCCACUACUGUUGAAAUCUAUGGCAGCCAGAGGUCUCCCAACACAGUGCGCAUCGAAGCCUCAGCAGAUGUGACUGUGACCUCCCUCAGCAACAAGCUGUACACUACCGAUACCUCUCCGGUGUAUCCGACCACUGACUGGGGUACAGAGUAUUUCAUCUUUACACCUGCUGGAUCACCACUUGGCUCCUUCAAAGAGUUUGCAGUGGCAAAUGGAAAAGACACCAACAAAAUAGAAAUCACCCCCAAAGGUCCAAUCCUGUUUCAAGGUCGCAUCUAUGGGCCUGACAGUCAGAUGGUAAUAGAUCUCCAGCCUUAUGAAAGUGUCCAGCUCCAGAGCAUAGCUGACCUCUCGGGCUCCAGAGUGGCCUCCCAGCGUCCUGUUGCUGUGUUCACAGGUCACAGUUGCACCUGGCAAUUCUCAAAAUGUAACCAUGUUUAUGAGCAGCUACUGCCAGUGAGCAGCUGGGGAACCACCUUCAUCGUGCCUCCCAUCAGAUUGCAGAAGCAAUAUGACAGUGUUUACAUCCAGGCCUCCCAGUCCACCACAGUCAAUGUCCAGAAUGGCAACAGUAAAAGUGUUCUGACUUUUUCCAGAGGUCAGUCAGUGGAGCUCCGCUUGCGUUAUCCUGAUAUACUGUCCAUCAAAUCCAAUCAGGGCAUCCAGGUCCUCUUCUUGUUUAACGGCGUCACACAAGGAUUAGUCCAGUCGUACGACCCUUUCCUGAUGACCAUCCUGCCCACAGACCGCUUCUGCUCAUCUUACUCCCUAGAGGCUCUAGAUGGCUUUGAUAACCAAGCCCUCCUUGUGGCACAGACCAGUACCAUAGCAACACUGCGCGCUGAUGGGGCAAACCUGCCCGGUAAUGUUCAGUGGGCACAGGUCCCAGGAUCUGAUUUCUCCUGGGCGGCAAUGCCGUACCGUCACGCACCUGGCCGCAACAGGCUGACCGUGUCCAGCUCUGGUUCUCCCUUUGCUGUUUACAGCAUUGGAUUCAGUCAGAUGAAUGGCUACGGGGCUCCAGCACAAUGUAUAAAGCCAGGAAGUGGAUCUUUGUCGUGCAGCGAUAUCACCUGCAGUGCCAAUGAGGUGUGUGAGAUGAAGGAUGGGUACCCCUCCUGUGUCCCCAAGCCAGUUAGCCAGCCGGGCACCUGCUGGGCCAUGGGAGAUCCCCACUACCACACGUUUGAUGGACGAAACUACAACUUCAUGGGUACAUGCACAUAUGUGUUUGCUAAAAACUGUGAAAAGGACAACAGUCUUCCAGCCUUUGAGGUCCUGACCCAGAAUGAGAACAGAGGAAGCCUCAAAGUGUCUUACGUAGCCCUCGUCAUAGUGAAGGUGUACGGUGUCACCAUCACCAUAGUCCGUUCUGAGAUAGGUCAAGUCAGGAUUGACAACACUUUGUGGAGGUUGCCUAUAGCCUUAAACAGCAACAAACUGCUCGUGUUUCAAAGCGGUCGCUCUGCUGUUAUCGAUACUGACAUCGGUCUGACUGUUCGUUAUGACUGGGAACACUCCCUUGUGGUCACUCUGUCCGGCACUUACGCAGGCAAGACUUGUGGCCUCUGCGGCAACUUCAACGGAAACCCCAGUGAUGAUUUCACCACACCCUCUGGCACCCAGGCUGAUGGGGCUGUGGCCUUUGGGAGCAGCUGGAAAGUGCCGGGGCUGGUGAAAGAUGAACUGUGUAGAGAUGACUGUGUGGGUGAAUGUGAACAUUGUGUAGACAGCAAAAUUUGGGAAGGUAACACUUUUUGUGGGCUCAUCACUCUAAUAAACGGGCCGUUCAGCAAGUGUCACGCUACCAUCAGCCCACAAGUCUACCUGGAAAACUGUAAAUAUGACUUAUGCAUGGGGGGAGGCCUUCGACAAUUCCUUUGCAGGGCACUAGAGGCAUACACUGAUGCGUGUCAGCUUGCUGGGAUCCAGGUCCAAGAAUGGAGGGGUCUUGCACAGUGUCCUUCUAAAUGUCCAGCCAACAGCCACUAUGAGCUCUGUGGCAGCGCCUGCCCCGCCACUUGCGCUGAUCCUACCGCUCCCACCAAAUGCAAAUUCCCCUGUGUGGAAACCUGCACCUGUAACCCAGGCUUUGUUUUGAGCGGGGGCCAGUGUGUGUACGCCACUCAGUGUGGGUGUAGGUAUGAGGGUGGGUACAUUCCCCCCGGGGAGUCAUUCUGGGCUGACCAGAACUGCCAGAAAUGGUGCACGUGCAUUGGUUUGACUGGAAGCCUAGUGUGUAAGGAUAAAACCUGUGGGAAUGGGCAGAAGUGUCAGGUGGUGGCAGGCAUACGGAAGUGCCAAGCGGUGUCCUACAGCACCUGCCAGGCUACAGGGGACCCCCAUUACUUGACAUUUGACAACACAAGGUUUGACUAUCAGGGCACCUGUGUGUACCAACUAGUGGCCCUCUGCUCCAAGAACCCAGACCUUGUGCCCUUUGAAGUCCUUGUGCAGAACGAUUUCCGGGGCAGCAAGGUGGUUUCCUUCACCAAGUUAGUAGAGAUCAGGGUCUAUUCCCUCAGCAUUGUCAUUACCAAGACAUACCAAGGCCUGAUCCUGGUGAAUGAUGAGCUGGUCAACCUCCCAGUCACCCUUGCUGACGGCAAGGUGUCUGUGUAUAAGAGUGGCUUGUAUGCUGUCGUCACCACAGACUUCGACCUCAAAGUCAUGUUCAACUGGGAGAGUGCUGUGUUCGUAACUCUGCCAAGCAACUACAUGGGAGCUGUGUGCGGCCUGUGCGGCAACUACAACAGCAAAGCUCAGGAUGACCUGAUUCCGAAGAACGGGGACAAGCCCGUCUCAGCGACCGACUUUGGGAACAGCUGGAAAGUGGCUGAGAUCCCAGGAUGUGUCGGAGGCUGCAAGGGGGUGUGUCCUGACUGUGACAUCAACCAGAAGGUUCAGUAUGAAAAGAACGAUUUCUGUGGCGUUCUGAGGGACCCCAAAGGGCCCUUCCGUGACUGCCAUGCUAAGGUGGACCCAACCGGCUACUUCGAAAACUGCGUGUAUGACGUUUGCCUGUACAAUGGCAGGAAGGACAUACUGUGUCAGGCUAUUGCAGCAUACACCUCUGCCUGCCAGUCUGUGGGGGCCAAGGUGUACAACUGGAGAAGCAGUCAGUUCUGUGCGAUACAAUGUCCAGCCAACAGCCACUAUGACGUUUGUGCCUCCGGCUGUCCUGCCACUUGUGGGACUCUAGCUUCGCUUCCAGUCUGUAUAGCACUGUGUAAGGAGGGUUGCUCCUGUGAUGAGGGCUUCAUCCUCAGCGGAGCCCAGUGUGUCCCCUUUUCUCAGUGCGGCUGCUUCUUUCGCGAACGCUACUACCAAAUCGGCCAAGUGUUUUACCCCAACGGGCAGUGUGAGGAGGAGUGCAACUGCACGCAAAACGGACAAGUUGUGUGCAAGAAGUUUUCUUGUGGCCCCAAUGAGCAGUGCAAAGUUGAGAACGGCAUCCAGAAGUGUCACCCCGUGGGUAAGGGCGUGUGCUCGGCCGCCGGCGACCCCCAUUACCGCUCCUUCGAUGGGCGAGCGUUCGACUUCCAGGGCACCUGCACCUACACGCUCUCCAAGGGCUGUGGACUGGAGGGCACCCACCUGAUCCCCUUUUCUGUGGAGGUGGAGAACGUGGCGUGGACACCCAACAAAAUGGUGUCCGUCACAAAACUAGUUGCUGUGAAUGUCUACGGCUUCAACCUCAUCUUGAAGAACGGCGUGUUUGGAGUCCUGGUUGAAGGAGUGUUUAACUAUCUCCCACUCAGUCUUAAUAACGGAGCAGUGCUGGUCUAUCAGGAAGGCAGGCAGUAUGUGAUUUCAGCAGAUUUUGGGCUGGUCGUGACCUAUGACCUGCUUUACCAUGUGACAGUCACAGUACCUGGUAAUUACCGUGAAAAGGUCUGUGGCCUGUGUGGCAACUUCAACGGCAACCAGAAUGAUGACUUUCAGAUGCCAAACCACCAGCUCGCCAGCAACGUCAACAUGUUCGGGACUUCCUGGAAGGUCGCCAUUCCUAACGUGGCCUGCGAAAACGGCUGCGAAGGGGCGAAGUGUCCCACGUGUGACCAGGCUCGCAGGGAUGUGUUUUCAAAUCUUGAUUAUUGUGGUAUCAUCACGGCUCCACGGGGUCCCUUUUCAGCGUGCCACAGUAAAGUGGCCCCGCAGCCGUACUUUGAGGACUGCGUGUUCGAUGUUUGUGUCUCCAACGGCGAUGGGAAGGUGCUGUGUGACAGCGUAGCGUCCUACGCCUAUCACUGUCACCUGGCAGGCGUCGACAUCAUCUGGAGGACGCCCUCGUUUUGCCCUAUGAAAUGCCCAGCCAACAGUCACUAUGAGGUGUGUUCCAAUGUCUGCUCCACUGCCUGCCCGGGCCUCGCACAGAUAAUCCGGUGCCCCAGAUGCUCAGAGGGCUGUGAAUGCGACACAGGCUUUUUGUUCGAUGGACAGAAAUGCGUUAAGGAGACGGACUGUGGCUGCUAUAGCAACGGAAGAACCUAUAAGCCUGGUGAUGUUGUGUAUGGCGACGACUGUAGCACAAAGUGCACCUGUAACUCAGCUACAGGCCUCCAGUGUGAAAAGUACACCUGUCCUCAAAACACCAAAUGCAUGGUUAGGAAAGGAAUCAGGGCGUGUUACAACACAGACCCUUGCAAAGAUGCCAACUGUCGCGUCAAGGAGACGUGCCGCGUUGAGAACGGCGACGCUGUCUGCAUCCCCCAGUACACGGGCGUCUGCUGGGCCUGGGGCGACCCCCACUACCACACCUUCGACGGGUACAACUUCGACUUCCAGGGGACCUGCAAGUACAUCAUCUCCAAGACCUGCGGGGACCUGGGUGGUCUGGAGCCAUUCACAAUCACUGAGAGAAAUGAUAACCGGGGAUCCGCAGUAGUUUCCUACGUCAGGGAGGUGGAGGUUUCUGUAUAUGGCUACUCCAUCACAGUCAUCAAGAACCAGAUUGGUAAAGUCAUGGUGGAUGGAGAGCAACUGAAUCUUCCUGUAACACUAGGUGAUGGUUUAGUGUCAGUGGUUCAAAGUGGCGGCACUGCAUUGGUGCAGACAAAGUUUGGCCUGAUUGUCCAGUACGACUGGAACUGGUCGCUAACCAUUAAGCUGCCCAGCAGCUACUACGGCAGCGUGUGUGGUCUCUGCGGUAAUUUCAACGGGAACGUCGGUGAUGAGCUCCAAAAUCCCGCGGGGAAACCUGUCUCCAGUGUGAUAGACUGGUGCAAGAGCUGGCAAACGCCGGACCAGGACAAGAACUAUCCCUGCUGGGACACGUGUGAGAAGAACUGCCCCACCUGCGACGGAAACCUGGCCAAGCUCUACGAGACUCAGGCCUCCUGCGGCGCCAUUGCGGCUAAAGCCAACGGCGUGUUCCAGCAGUGCCACGGAAAAGUGGACCCCCAGGUCUUCAUGAACAGCUGCGUGUAUGACGUGUGCUUGAAUAACGGCGACAAGAAGUUGCUGUGCCAGGCGCUGGCCACCUACAGCAAGCGGUGUCGCGAGGAAGGAGUAAUAAUCCGCAACUGGAGGCAGACCUUUAACUGUCCGAUGAACUGUCAGCCUCACAGCCACUAUGAAGACUGCGCCAGCCCAUGCCAGCCGUCCUGCCCGUUCCCCGAUCAAAAGCCCAUCUGCAUCGAUGUUUGUGUUGAGGCCUGCGUGUGUGAUCCAGGCUACGUCCUCAGUGCCGGCGUCUGUGUGCCCGCUAAGACCUGUGGCUGCUCCUACCAGGGCCGCUACUACAAACCCGGAGAGACGUUCUGGGCCGACGACGCCUGCCGCCGCCUGUGCGAGUGCGACUCCUCCCUGGGCAUGGUGACGUGCCGCAAGGCCUCCUGCGCCGCCAACGAGCGCUGCGCCGUGGAGAACGGCGUGCGCGCGUGCCAGCCCAUCAGCUACGCCACGUGCACGGGCUCGGGCGACCCACACUAUCGCACCUUUGACGGCCGAAGGUAUGACUUCCAGGGCACGUGUGUGUACCAGCUGGUGGCACUGUGCAACCAAACGUCUGGGCUGGUGCCGUUUAAGGUCACUGUGCAGAAUGACAACCGGGGAAGCGCAGCUGUGUCACACACAAAGACUGUCACCUUGUCCAUAUACAAUGUCAACCUGACCAUCAGCAGAGAUUACCCCCGAAGAGUCCUGCUUAAUGGGCAGCUCGCCUCAUUGCCGCUGGAAUACAAUAACGAGGUGGCGGUGUUUGUUAGUGGCUGGACGGCUGUGGUGGAGACCGCUGCUGGCAUCAAGGUAACCUUUGACUGGCAGAGCACGGUGACCGUCACCCUGCCCAACACCUACCAGGGCUCCGUGUGCGGCUUGUGUGGCAACUACAACGGGAACGCUCAGGACGACCUGCUGAUGCCAAACGGCCAGAGCGCCGCUGACGGAACCCAGUUGGGGCAGAGCUGGCAAAGCGCCGCGGUGCCGGGCUGCUCGGCCGCCUGCCAGGGGGCGUGGUGCCAGGCCUGCUCAGACUCCCAGAAGAAGGUCUACGAAGCCCAGGCGUACUGCGGCAUCAUCGUCGACAAGGCGGGGCCCUUCAGGGGCUGCCACGGCCGCGUGGACCCAGCGCCGUACAUGGAGGACUGCGUGUACGACGCCUGUCACUACCACGGUCACCAGGCGGCAGUCUGUGACGCAGUGGGCCUGUACGUCUCUGCCUGUCAGAGUCUGGGAGUCACCAUUCUGCCUUGGAGAACAGAUAAAUUUUGUCCGAUGGCGUGCCCAGAGAACAGCCAUUACACGCUGUGUGCCGCCGCCUGCCCCGCCACCUGCGCCAGCCUGGCCCCCCGGGACAGUUGCCACAGGGGUUGCGCAGAGGCCUGUGAGUGCAAUGAGGGCUACCUGCUGAGCGGCCGUGCCUGCGUGCCCGUGAAGGACUGCGGCUGCUCGUACAACGGCCGCUACUACGAGAAAGGGGAGGUCUUCUACCCCGAAGCCGAGUGCGUGGCUCAGUGCGUCUGUGGCGAGAACGGCGUCGUAUCGUGUGAAAAGGCCAGGUGCCGGCCGGGGGAGAUCUGUAAGGUUCAGAACGGAGUGAAGGGCUGCUACCCCGAGGGCCAGGGCAAGUGCGUGGCCUCUGGUGACCCCCACUACAUCUCCUUUGAUGGACAGAGGUUCGACUUCCAGGGCACCUGCGUCUACGUGUUGGCUAAGGUCUGCAACGAUGACAAUGGCCAGCUGGUGCCGUUCACUGUGACCCAGGGGAAUGAGAAGUAUGGAAACGGGAAAGUGUCCGUGACGGAGUCGGUUGGCGUGCAGGUCUACGGUCAUGUCAUUUACAUCCAGCAGGGCAAGCCCUGGAAAGCCCUUGUGGACGGUGAGCUUCUGAACCUCCCACUCUCGCUGGAGGACGGGGACCUCACAGUUACCCAGCAGGGCCGCAACAUAGUAGUCCAGACCGCCUUCGGCCUGACGGUCCUCUACGACACCGUCUACUACGUGGAGGUGAUCGUGCCGUCCACCUACCAGGACAAGAUGUGUGGCCUCUGCGGCAACUACAACAAGAAGCCCGGCGACGACUUCAUGCUCCCUGGCGGCAAACAGGCGAGCAACGCGGAUGAGUUCGGGAAGGCGUGGGUGUGGGACCUUCCGGGGUACGUGUGCGGGGGGUGCGGAGCCCAGUGCCCGGUGUGCGAGCAGGCCAAGGCCGCCCUGUACGCGAAACCCGAGUGGUGCGGCGUCAUCAGCGCCCCCGACGGGCCCUUCAGGGCCUGCCACGGCGUCGUGGACCCGGCCGCGUACGUGGCCCACUGCGUGUACGACGUGUGCGCCACGGACGGCGGCCGCGACGCGCUGUGCAGCGGCGUGCAGGCGUACGCGCUGGCCUGCCAGAGCGCCGGGGCUCCCGUCGGCCCGUGGAGGAGCGGCUCCUUCUGCCCUGCGUCCUGUCCUCCCAACAGCCACUACGAGCUGUGCGCCAACACCUGCACUGGGACCUGUGCCAGCUUCACGCUGCCGACGCCCUGCUCGGGAAGAUGCUUCGAAGGCUGCAGCUGUGAUGCCGGCUUUGUGUUUGACGGCUUCCAGUGCGUUUCCCUGGACAGAUGUGGGUGUGUGUACAACGGUCAAUACCUGUCGGUGGGACAGACAGCUGUAGAUAAGAACUGCACGUCCAGGUGUGUGUGCCAGGCCUCUGGUCUGAUCAAGUGUGACAGCCUGUCCUGUGGCCGUGGGGAGUCGUGCAACGUCCGAGACGGGGUCCGCGGCUGCCACGUCCAACAGGGGCAGUGCAGCGUCAGCCCGGCCGGCCUGUUCACCUCCUUCGACGGCAUGGCCGGAGCGGUGGGAGCAGCGCUGGGGGCGUUCGAGGCGGCGGCGCUGUGCGACGUCGCGUCCGAGCUGUGGUUCCGCGUGGUGCUGGACGUCAGGGUCUGCGCUAAAGGGACGCCCCCCGCCGUCGCCGCCGUCUACGUGUUCUUCAAGGAGGCCGUCGUCUCAGUGAACAGCCAGCAAGAGACCCGGGUAAACGGCAGGAAGGUGUCGCUUCCCAGCACAGUCACAGCGGAGCUGUCUGUCAGAGUCGCAGACAGGGCUGUGAUCAUCGAGAAGGCAUCUGCCGUGCGGGUCACAUACUCAAUUUCACAGGAGGUCAACGUUAUUAUUGGCAGCAGCCUGUCCGGUAAAGUGUGCGGCGCCUGUGGCAACUACAAUAACAACCCCAAAGAUGAUAUGACGACUGCAGAUGGGAAAAUCGCCGCCGAUGUGUCUGUGGUGAUCGGCUCCUGGAGCGCCGGAGACUUCUCCAGAUGUGGUCUGUAGAGAUGUUGGCUUUGGGGUCAUUGAACGCAUCUCACUUCCAGGAUAGAAGAAUGUGAAGUCCUUCAUUAAGAGCCGUACUUACUCGUCAUACCUCUGCACUUUGCCUUAAUCUGUCCUGUGCCAUGGUUUGUGGUUUAUGUUGUUUACUGCUGGUUUGGUGCUCUAUUGUUCCCUUUAGUGUUACAACACAACUGCUCACUCUUGACCAACAUCUCCAUCUGGUGGAGGAAGAACUCAUAGCAUCUACUUUACACUGUUUUAUCAAAUGCCUUCUUUUUGCUGUUCUGACUAAUAAAUACAUUUGUCAUUA